UCUUAAGAGGUAGCGUUGGCAGGCAAAGAUGGCGGCGGGCUCCGAUUUACUGGACGAUGUUUUCUCCAACAGAGAGCUGGACAAAAAAGUAGUACGUGAGACAAUAAGAGCCCUGGGGAACUUGCUAACAGGAGCAAUUGGCGCUAACUCAACGUCUGGGAAUCACUUUGCAACAAAUCACGGUUGGGGCUUAACUGUAGUCGGUAGUUUUAAUGUUCAGGGCAGGGAAAUGGGAUUUUGACAGUAUAAAGCAGGUAAGAUUUCUGCGCUCCCCGAUUAGUCGACAGUAGCUAGUUUUAUUCAGGUUGUUCAACUUAACUGUGGCCAACUUCAUUUGACUUGUCACUUUCCUAAAACUAAUGCGAACUGGGCAGUUGCUCGACACUUCCCUUGUUGCUAUAUGUUUCCGCGGCAGGAGUUGCAGGAGGUGUCAGUAACUGUUCGGAGGUCCCACGGUUAGAACAUGGAUGGGACAGCUGGGAUCACACCGGCGGCUGAACCGAGCACGACAGCCGCGCAAAGCCACUCCGGUUACCUGACAAAGAGCGGAGCAGUUCCCGGAGCAUCAGGUGCAACGGCUGGAGUAGACAAACAACAAGCGACUGAUGCUCCAGCUUUGGAUGAAAGCGGCGCGGUGAUGAACUGUCACAUCCCCGGAAACGGACAGUCAGUCAGUUCUCAGAAAGCUGUUGUCAACGGACCCGCUUCUGCAUCCCAUAGUUUUAUUAUUCAAACUUCUCUGAGUGCACAAAAUACUUCGACCUCAUCUGGGAAUUCGUCUCAGCCUUCUGUGAAAACUGUUCCCACAGUGGCGCUUGUGAGGCCACCUAUGCAAAUUUCUGCUAACGAGUCUCAAAGCGCAGACGGCCCAAACACUGCCUCAUCAGAGAGCGGUAGUGUUUCCUGCAAAACCGAACCCACUAAAACGAUAACGCAAACUGCUGCUCAGGUCCUGGCUUCAGGUGUUUUGACGAGUACGACUGCGACCAUGAGGAGUCCGACUGUCCUGCAAAACCUGAGGACUUCAUUAUCGUCAACAGUCGGUGCCAACCCACCUGGGGGAAUACGGACCAUUGCUCCACAGGUGUUGGCUCCUCGGCUCACUCAGCCUCAUCAAAACGCCACAGGCAUCCAAAACAUCCAGCUCCCCCCAGGCAUGGUGUUGGUUCGCAGUGAGAGUGGGCAGCUACUCAUGAUUCACCAGCAAGCCUUGGCUCAGAUGCAGGCACAGUCACAAAGCGCAAUAACGCCACGACCUGUAGCCCCCACCAGCACCACACCAGUCCAGGUCACGUCUCCUCAGACUCCAGGGUCUCCUCUGUUGGCUCGCUCAGUAACCCCGACCAACAUCAUCAAACAAGGUUCCCCUGUUCAAACCACAGUCACAACCACAACCACACUGCGAAGGCCCCCUGUUCUGCAGAAUACCAUCAUACUCGGAGGAAACGCCAUUGCCACGGGACAAGCUCUCGGCACGUCGACCACAGUCCAGGCAUCGGCAGCUGUAACUCAGAAGGUGGGGCCCCUCGGGGCCACUGGGGUGCCUGCCACUCCAACAGCCAUCACAGCUGAAACUCUGGAGAAUGUAAAAAAGUGUAGAAACUUUCUGUCUACACUCAUCAAGUUGGCAUCCAAUGGAAAACAGUCAUCUGAGACUACUGCCAGUGUCAAGGAGCUUGUUAAGAAACUGCUGGAAGGACAGAUGGAGCCUGAGGAUUUCACCAGCAGGUUGUACAAGGAGCUUAACUCUUCCCCUCAGCCAUAUCUUGUACCUUUCCUUAAGAGAAGUCUUCCAGCAUUGCGGCAAAUGACCCCAGACUCGGAGGCCUUUAUCCAUCAAAGCCUGCUGCCCCAGCCAAGCGCUCAGCCAGCUGCAACACCCUCCGCAGCCCUUAGCGCUGUGGUGCUGCGUCCUCCUCUCCCUACUGCAGCCACUGCAGCUGCAGGCACUGCCAGGCCCAAAGCCACAGUCAUCACCCUCUCCCAGAAAGCCAACAGUAAACCCGGACUGCAGCAGCAGUUGAGCGCAGUGAGGCCACAGGUGACACUGGCACAGUCUCCUUUGGUAACGAUCAGAGGAGCAGCUCCCAGCCGGAUCAUUGUGGGUCAACCACAGAUGGUCAGACAUCUUCCACCAGGAUUCGCUGUGAAGCAGAAUCUGGCUCCAGAGGCCAGAGGAGUUAAGGCGCUCAACCAGGUGUCCCUUAUCGAUGUUCAGAGGAACAAGCUGAAGGAAGCAGGAGGGGGGACUUUCAAGGAUGAUGAUGAUAUCAAUGAUGUGGCUUCCAUGGCAGGGGUCAACUUAUCCGAGGAGAACGCUCGCAUCAUGGCGACCAGCUCUGAACUUGUCGGCAUCGUGACCCGGUCCUGUAAAGACGAGGCCUUUCUCUCCAUCUCCUCCCUCACCCGGAUAGUUCUGCAGAUCGGUAAGAGGUUUGGUGUCAGCGAGUUAGGCACAGAUGUGAUCAGCUACAUUUCCUAUGUGACACAACAACGGCUGAAGAACAUCUUGGAAAAGGCUUCACUAGUGGCACAACAGAAGAAUAUAAAUUAUAAGGAGGAAGAGCGGUGUGAGCAGGUCAGCGACGUGAGAGCUCAGCUGAAAUUCUUUGAGCAGCUGGAUCAGAUGGAGAAGCAGAGAAAGGAGGACCAGGAGAGGGAGAUCCUGCUGAAGGCUGCUAAGUCUAGGUCACGGCAAGAAGACCCAGAGCAGCUCAGACUUAAACAGAAGGCCAAAGAGAUGCAGCAGCUAGAGUUGGCACAGAUAAGGCAGAGAGAAGCCAACCUAACAGCGCUGGCAGCAAUCGGCCCGAGGAAAAAACGGAAAACAGACUCACCUUUAAGCGGUGCAAGUGCAGAGGGUUCAGGGUCAGGUCCCUCCCUGUCUGGAGGCUCCAGUGGACCGGGCUCCAGACCGUUUACACGACAGCGCAUUACCAGAGUUAACCUCCGCGACCUGCUCGCAUGUCUGGAGAAUGACAGAGAGAUCAGUCACUCCCAGCUACUCUACAAAGGUCUCCUUAAAUAGCAGCUGGAUUGAAGUGACUUGUCACACCCAGUGGCAUUAAGGAAACUGACCUAAUGGCCAUUUGUUUCAUCUGCUACACUAAGAGACAUAUCUGCAGGAAGAGAAUUAUCGGAAACACAGAAGAGACGUCAGCUUUUAAAAGCCUCCUCAAGCACUGGUCCUCUGUGUGGUAUGUUCAGCAAUGAGAUGAGCAGGUGAUGACAUCAGUUACCCUUACACUAAUUAACAUCGAUGCUUAAGAUGUGUAAAAAGCUUUAAGUACAUUUUUUAUUGCAGUAUUAGAAACCUCUGAAAAUCCAUGAUUUCGUUUGGGUAUAUUUAGUCAGUGGGAAAAAACCAAAGUUAAGAAAAAUAAUUACACUGAUUGGCAUCCCUAACUAUUCCAAUAAAGUAAAUGUAACAUAAAGAAUAUUUGUAUUUAUAUUUUCAUUUUUUUAAAAGUUGGCCAGCAUGUCCAGGAAGGUUCAGUUACUGAUCCAUGACUUUGUUUCCCUGUGGUAUAAAUACGAUGUGACGGACAGAGACUCAUUUGUCUCACCUACUGUUUACAAUGGGAAAAUUCAGAGAACGUACCAUUCUAGUCAUUCAAUUUAUGUUGAUCUUAAUGUGUCAGGAAGUAAAGUCAACUAAAUAUCCAUACAAACAUGUCUAUAUCUCUGCUACUGGGACUUUAACUGGACUGUGUGCUUUGGUCAGAUUAGACAAAGAUUAAGUUGUUUGGCUACAAACUCUUGGUGGUUCUGGUGUAAAGCGAAGGAUGGCUUCGUAGAAAAGUUUCUCAUGUCCACUUUUAAGCUUUAUAGAGGAUCUGUGGAACUGAAAAGAACAGAGUAUAAUAGGAGAAUGAAGAGCUGGGGAUAAUCCAGAGAGAUCAUGAGAACAAUCUCAAAGAUCCCUCUUACGGUAUGCUCAAAUGUUGUGAAAAAUGAUCAGAGAAUAGUCUGUACACAAGGUUGUACAAAGGAUUAACAGCAGAGGUCCCGAUAAUACAAUUAUUUUUAUCCCCUUGUGAAUACAAGUUCACAAUUUGAAAAUUGAAUUCAAACAAUACUGUGGAGUUAUGUUACUGCAAUAAAAGCAGAAGUCAGUUGUUGCCUUUUGCACAUUUUUAUCAUGGAUGCCAGUAAAUGUAGAGGGCACUGUAACUCCACUUGGCUCAUGCUGUUUAUUGUUGAAAUGACAUCUGUUCAGUUGCCUUCUUAACAAGUAAAGCCAUAUCUACCUGAUAGUGUUGGUUUAUCUGUCCAGCAGUAUUUUCCAGUGGUUUUGGAAAAAUUAGGAUUGGGAUAAAUUUAGUUUUUCUUUGUGCUGUUUUAUUUGUGACGCUUGGGUGAUCUUUAAAAGUUUUCCAUCUGGCGGGAGUUCAGUGGUUGAUAUAUAUAUUUUCACUGCAGCAGAUUUACUACAGACUUCAAAUGCACUUUUCUGUAGAUUUCUUUAUAGAACAGAAGUCUGUCAAUUAUUUUUCUAUAUACUGUGAGACUAAAUUGUAUCCAAUUUGUUUUUGGCAAAAGGUCAUGUGGGCCUGAGGAUCCGUACUUGUUUUGCUCAAACACGUCUCACUUUAUUAUUAUACCAUUUUAAAACAAGGUAUUUACAUCUAAAUUGGUGGAAAAACCAGGUGAGAUUUUGUGAUUUAAAAUAAAAAAAACAAAAGGUCAGGUUGGCUUUAUGACAAAUGACUUUACCUAAAUACAAAGAACUAUGUUACUUAACUUUUUUAAAGUCCCUUAGAUGAACAUACCACAUGACAGGUUUUAUUUUUGGUUUUUGGUGGACAUACUAAUUUCAGUUUUUACUUCUGGCUUUCCUCUGUUUAAAUUUUUUGUAGACGUUUUUUUGGCCGACAACUUCAUCUUUAGAAAAUGUUUUCUUUUACAUGUAUAUAAAUAUUUGACAUAUGAGAAAAUUAUAUGAUCUCAUGUUAGUGUGUUGUAAAUUUUGCACAGCCACUUGUUCAUAUGUAAAUAUCUAAAUGUAAGAAAAGGUUUUUAAUGACUAUUUUAUAAAUGACCAAAACAAAAAGAUCUCUAUUAAACCAAAAGCAACUGA